AUGUACGAGGACGUUGACCUGCUCGAUCCCGAGUUCACGGACGCGGACCUGCUCAACGACGCCGGUGGCAAGCGUGGGCGGCAGAGCGGCGCCGGCGCGGAUGGUGCGAUGGAGCCGGCGGGCCUCUCCUGGGCGCUGGAGGCUGUUCCACCUGGGCUUGCGCGCGCGGAGCGCGCCAAGAAGUUUGGCGUCGAAAAGGCGGCAAAUCCGCUGGACGCCAGAGCGUCGGCGGCGGGCGGUGUGGGCAAGACGGAGGCGGGGCUGUGGGAGAAGCGGCGCGACGCGGAGGCCGGAAUUCCUGCACCCUUUGGCCCGGGCUCCGUCUUUUGCGUCCUCGCCGAACAGGAGCCGCGCUGUCCAAUGGUGACGCCAAAGUCGCCCGCCUUUCGCGACCGCUUCUGCGCCGCGUGCCGGGAGGGGCCCAUCAUCGUGCCCUGCUCCCGCAUCCGCGUCUUGGACGGCUCGCUGCCUGCUCCGAGCAACUCGCGCGCCGAGGGCAUGUGGAAUGCCCAAAAGACAAAGCCGCCGUUCUGGCCCGCGCAUCGCGUCGUCAACCAGACGGCGGACACCUUUGGCCUCAGGCUCAUCAUCCUGCGCGACGAGACGUCGGACCCGCUCCACGGCCUCGCCCCGCUUCCCGCCGAAUUUGGCUCCGCGAUUGCGUUUCUCGUCCGGAGGACACUCACCCCCGUCCCGAUGCCUGGCAUGCCCACGCAGCUCGUCCAAGCGCUGCGGGGCACGGGCCAGGGUGGCACGCUCGCACGCAGCGCCGCCCCUUCGAGAUUGCUGCUGCGCGCCGGCUCGAGUGGGGACGGGUCCACCGUCGCGCUGGUGCCACCCUGCCUGCCGCCCCUGGAGGAGGCGCUCGUCCUGCCGCUUGGUCCUGCACCAGCCGCUGCCGCCGCCGCGUCUGCCCAGCCGCUGAGAUGGCGCUUUGGUGAGCUGGUGGACGCGGUGGCUGCCGACGCAAGUGCCGCGGAGCUGAUGCAGCUGCUGGUGACGCCUCCAACUUCGCCGCCCGCGCCGCCGGCGUCGCCGUCCACGACAGAGGGCGUCGCGGCGGCUUGGUCGGCCUCUUUCGCCCGUGACGCGAUCUCGCUUGGAUUCGGCGGGGCGGUGGCAGCCUUUGCCGUGUACAUGGGUAGCGAGCACGCCAUCACGAAGGCGAACGUGCUCGCGGUCGCGGGUGUGCCGACAUUCCUCGCGUCGGCGCUCAGCCUCUGCCUCUUCCUGGCCCCCACGCACGGUGGAGAGCCGACCUUCGGCGCCUUUCAGACGCGCAUCUUCUCGCUCGUCGCGUGCGCCUGGGCGUACCGCGCCUACUCGCGGGUCGCCAGCGCACGCCCCGUCUCCGACCCGUUCGUCGAGCCCGCGCUCGUCGCCGAGGUGGGCGGCCCGGUCCUGUGCUCGCUCCUCACCACCGUCGCAUUGCUCCUCGCGGCGGGAGGCGUCUGCACCACGCGUGCGGUCGCUCGCGGUCUGCUGGCCGUCGCGGGCAGCGGCAUGCUGCUGCUCUCGUCUGCCAUCUGGGUCGUGUCGGGCGGAAGCGCGCGCUCGUACCUCCCGCUGCAGUGCAACUCGUACCCGGUGGCGCUCGUCUCCAUCAGCUUCUUCUUCUACGCCGCUUGGUGGCUCACACCGGAGAACUGCAGGCGACUGCAGGCGGCGCUGCAGGGCGGGGUUGGGCGGGUGCAGCCCGCGCGCGUGACACAAACAAACUAG